CUUUAAUCUUUUUUUUUUAAUAUUGACAAUUAAAUGUUUUGUUAGGUUAUAUCGACCAUAACCUGUAUAAAAGCAUGGUGUUUAUUUUGUUGUAAAUAGUUUGUUCUUAUUAUUUUAAACAUGAGUUUUAACGGAUAUAAAGAUAAAAUCCAAGAAGGUGAUACCGUAGUGUUAUAUCUGUCAAUAAAUCAAAUCUAUAGCCUCAAAGCAGAAUCCAAAACUACAAGUAAAAAAGGGACAGUGAUAGAAAAUGUAUUUCAAACUCCCUAUGGAGCCCUAAAAUGUGAAGAACUGAUAGGAAAAACAUUUGGUAGUAAAAUUAAUCUAUCUAAAGGCUGGGGAUAUAUACUUCAACCUACUCCAGAAUUAUGGACUAUAACAUUACCCCAUCGAACACAAAUCAUCUAUACUCCAGAUAUUAGCAUGAUAAUUUUACAACUAGAAAUUAAUCCUGGAUGCGUUGUUAUUGAAAGUGGAACUGGUAGUGGAUCUUUAUCACAUGCAUUGAUAAGGGCUGUGAAACCUCAUGGACAUUUGUACACAUUUGAUUUCCAUGAAAUCAGAGCACAAACUGCAACUGAAGAAUUUAAAUCCCAUGGUUUGGAGCAAUAUGUGACUGUGCAACAUAGAGAUGUUUGUGAAAAUGGAUUUGGAGAAGAUCUUAACAAUAAAGCAGAUGCUGUUUUUCUGGACUUGCCUCAUCCAUGGCUGGCUAUUCCGCAUGCCAUGAAAGCUAUCAAAGAAACUGGUGGCAGGUUAUGUUCUUUUUCACCAUGCAUUGAACAAGUGCAGAAGAGCUGCUCAGUCCUGUCCAGGUUGAAAUUUCAAGAAAUAGAAACUAUUGAAGUUUUACAAACUCAAUAUAAUGUACAAAACAGGAAUCUACCAGUACUUAAUCUUGACUUUGUUAAGACUGAAAGAGAAGAAGGCAAGGAAACUGAAAAAAAAGAAAAAGAGACUAUUAAAUGUGUGACUUCUGUGCCCCCAAAUAGUUUACCAGGGCACACUGGAUAUUUAACUUUUGCCACAUUGUCUCCAAGCUGGGCUAGAAGCAUUCAAAUUAAUUUGAAUAAUGAUUGUGACAAUGAUUCUAAUCAAUAAAUUUUUUUUUAUAUUAUAA